AAUCGGAGCCCAAUCCAAAUGAGGAGAAUUCUGAGAAAACCAAGCUAAACGCCGAAAACAGCACUGCUAGAUCAGAACCAGGGUCCAGCUCAUGUCAGGGAAACUGCAGGAAAAGAACAAUCAGUUCCAAGGAGAGCUGCCAAGACAGAGCAGGGAACUGUCUAGAAGAGGAGUGCAGCUUAACAAUGAAAACAAAGCCAAAGUCCUCCACUGCUGUGCACAACAGUGGAAUCCAGGAGACCUGUGAUGCCCACCAUAGGAGAUAUUUGAGGGCUCGCACUGGACACAGCAAGCGGCACAGGUCUCGGGCACUAGGAGUUCAACCACCGUCACUUCGAAAAAGCUUGGUGACCUCUGUGCGAGCUAUGUCGGAGGCUGUUUAUCAAGACCUAGCCCAGGUGUGGGCACAGCUUGUCCAU